AUGUCUUCUAUUCCUCAACUUACUCACGUCAACGGGGUUAAGGCUGACCCAAAACUAUUGAGAGACCCUUCUACCUUGGAGUCUAUCUCUUCUGUCUUAUCUGGUUGGUCUUCUUAUGUGGCGCAUUCUUUUCCGAAUUCCAUUGCUUCCUUACGUAAAGCCUCUGCAAACUCUACAACCGAUUAUCAACCGCCCAUAAACUAUUAUCCGGACUAUUUGUCGCAUCAAUUAGCCAACGAUAUGAAUUCUCAAUCAUUUCCUAUUUCUGAUGGACUUUUUGAUAAAAAAAAAGAUGUGAUCUUAUACGCGGCAUUUGAUGAAAUUAUAACUUCUAAUACUCAUAAUUGCGAAAAAAACCAGUCGGUUCUACUGUUAGGUUAUCCCGACGGAUUUCAAAUAUGGAAUGUAUCAAAUAUAGAUAAUGUUCAUGAACUUCUGUCUAUCAGAGAUAAUGAAAAUAUUGGCCAGUCAAUAUGUAACCCGCGUUAUUCGUCUAAAAAUCUUUGUGACAAAUUUGCAGAUGUUCGUCCGCUUAUUUGUAUAGUUUGUACACCUACUCCACAACGAGAAAAUGGCCACCUAGACAUACUUACAAAACCUAAAAGUGUAUUAAAAUUCUUUUCUCUAAAAGCAAAUCAAAUUGUAAAGACGUUAGAUUUUGAGAAUGAGGGUACCAUUGUUAAUGUGAAUUGUAAUGAACGAGCCAUCGUUGUGAGUCUAACUAAUCCACCAAGACUUCAUAUAAUCUCACCUUUAACACUGGCUCCAUUGUUUCUUUCACCAUUACAAGAUGUUGCGAUACAUCCUUCAAUUCGAGCUCCAGUGUUCGCGUUAGGACCUCGAUUGUUGGCUUAUUCAACAACGAGUCAUCCUCCGGAAAUGGAUUCUAAAAUGGAUAGUCAUGCAAUGGAUGAAAGUGAUGGUAUUGUCGGAACAACUGGAAAAUAUCAAGAAGUUGCCAAAGGUGUUGCAAAAGAAGUUGUUAAUGGUACUUUUUCUGCAUAUUUUGCCAACUCAAAUUCAUCACAAGCUACAAUGCCCAUAAAUAUUAAAAAUCAUGCAGGUUCAAUUAGUCCGGCUUCGCGUGGUUCAUUCUCUCCACAAGAUAGCCCGUCUAAUGGAUAUCAUUACAAUUUAAAGGGCGGAGGUGUGAAUAAUGGUAGUGUAGAAAGUAGCAAUUUGGUAGGCUUAAAUUAUAACACUAAUGGUUAUGAGAAUGAUAAAGAAAAUGGUGCUAUAGGAGCGGUUAUUGUAUGCGAUUUGGGUACUUCAUUCAGCGCACAAAAAAAACAACCUAGUGUUGUUGCUCAUUUUUCACCGCACACACAUCCUGUUGGACAUCUAUCAUUCAAUCCUUCAGGUUCCUUUUUAUUUACAACAUCAAUUCAAGGUCAUCAAUUUCAUGUUUUCGAAAUUGUUGGUAAAAGUCGUCAACAAAGAAGUAACAAGAAUUUAAAGCAUGUAUACCAAUUAUCUAGAGGUUAUACAAAUGCUAGUGUUAGUGACGGAGGUGUAGGUUGGAGUGGUGAUUCCAGGUGGUGUGCAGUCGCUAGUGGGCGAGGAACCAUCCAUGUGUUUGCAAUAAAUCCCUAUGGUGGUCCCGCACAUGUGCCUUCUCAUAUAACAGGAUGGGUUAAUAAUGUAGAUGAAUUGUAUAAAUCAACCACACAAUCACCUGUGGUUCGUAUUAAGCCUCGGACUCCUCUACCAUCAGAUUCAUUAGACGUUAACUUUACUUCACAAGGCUCAAAUAUAUAUCUUAAUAAGCCUAAUGAGUAUUAUCCAUUAUCGUCUACAGAUUCUAAUACUUCUUCAAUUGAUCAAUCACGUCGUCAAAGUCAAUUACAAUAUAAUGGAAAUUUGAAUAAUUUUCAUUCUCAAUAUAAUGGACAAUCACAUAUAUCACAUCCAUAUAUUCCACUUCCUACUCAUUACUUGAGGAAACCUACAGGAAUCUGUAUUAAAUUCUUACCUUCUAUGUCUAAUGGUUCUAAAUCAGAAUUAAACGCAAACAACGGUUUGUUGGUUGCUAACUUAAAUGCCAAGAGGCAGGCUAAAAGGAGAUCAUCUCCGAAUGUUGUAAUGGAAGGUGUUAAGUCAAAUGGCACUUCUACGGGAAGAAAAAAUCGUAGAAGAACUCAAUCAUGGUCACAAAAUUCUAUAAACAAUUCUUCUCACCCUAAUUAUCUUGGGGUUGAAAUUCGGGAUAACAAAUUAGAUGAUAUUGGAUAUCAGGAUUUGUUGAGUUUUCAUCCCGCUGGUAUAUUAACGUUACAUCGUUUAUGGAUGGAGAAAAUAGUUGUUGAAGAAACUUCUAGUCAAGGAACAAAAGAUGAAAUAAACAAUAAUAAUUUAAUUACUCUUGCUGGUACUCAGUUAUCAGGAAGUGCGGCUACUGUCGCAAAUGUUGGUAGAGCAUUAGUAGGUGGUGCUGCAGGUGUUGUGAGUAUAGGGAUGGGAAUUGCUGGUGCUGUUAAGAAAGAAUUAGGAACUUUCGACAUGGUGACGAAUUACGAAGAUAUUGCUGAAUGGCAACUAAUUCGUAAUAGUUCUUGGGCUGAAGUGAAGAAUGUAAUUGAGACUCCAAAGAAAUGCACCGAAAGUGAAAGUUCGGUUAAACGAGAUGGAAAGAAUUGGCUUGCGAAUGCUGAAAUUACAACGCAUACCGAUUCAAAAAUGUCUUUACCACCACCAUUGUGGGCAACUCCUCAAUUUUCAUUUCAAGUAUUUUUACCUGGUUAUAAAGAUGCUAUAAAUAAAGGAGAAGUACCUCGCUCAAAGAAGAUUGAAAUACGAAGAGACAUUGUAGAAAGUGUAGAAUUUGUUAAUGAUACUAAUAAUGAUGAAUUUGGUGUUAAAGAGUGGAUGAAUGAAGAAAACAAAUAUAAUCAUAAUAAAAGCAAGAUCAGUAAAGCGGUUCUUGUUCCAGCGGGUAAAGCAAUUGGCAGAGGAGCUGGUGAUAUUUCUGUAAAUUUAUCUACGGCAAUGAGCACGUCACUUGACUUUACACCGUCUAGUCCAACCCUUUCUGCGUUUAGCACUAAAUCUAAAGAUCGUAUGUUGAAUGGUUUCUCCAAUGGUCACACACAACAGACUGUUGUUGAUACAUCUAUAACACCACUAUCUUUUGAGGAUGCUUAUCACAUCCACAUUGGAAAUAAUAUUCCUUCUAUAACAGCAUCAUCUACAUCAUCUCCAAAAGUUAAAAAUCAUUCAUCAAUAGGAUUUUCACCACUUUCAUCCAACAUGAUUGUAAACGAUUCUACAUUUGAGCAACAGUCAACUCCAUUUACACGAUCGUUUUCGUCGUCAUCUAUAGCUUCUGAUAUUACUUACAAUGACGAAGUUAUUGAAUAUGUGAAAGAAGUUGAUCAUGGAAUAAAUGAAUCAAACGAAGAUGGAAAUUUCUUUUUUUCACCUGAUGGUGAUAAUGAGGUGGGCUUACCUAGUGACAGUAUGAUUGAGUUUUAA